AUGGCUCCCGCAUCGCGUGCAUCAUCCCGGCCCGGCUCCAUGGUUGCCGAUUUUUACGGCCAAGACCCCUUUCGGACACCGGUUGGCCGAGGCGCGCAGAGCGUGAGGGCAUCGACUGUCGUCUCCGGUCGCACAUCAUUCAUCGCAUCAUGUGUGCAAAAACCGCCACCAAAGCAGCAGCGUUUCAAGAGUUCUAGGCUCAUCGGCGAGUAUGAGAAGCCCUGGACGGAGAAGCGUGAUCACCGUAUCGCCUACGAUCGGUGGAUCUUCUACUUCAUGACGUUGCUGGGUUUGGGGAUCAGCGCGUACAUUUGCUGGGACGGGUGGAAUUCUUAUGGUAGUCGAGAUUUCUGCCUCAUUUGGGAAGAUGAUUUUUCCAACGGAAUUGACGACAGCAGUUGGAACUACGAGAUACAGCGCGGCGGGUUCGGCUCCGGUGCAUUCGACUGGACUACAGACGACAAGCGUAACGCAUAUGCCGACUCGGAGGGUUUGCACAUCGUCCCCACGCUCACCAUCGACGACAUCGACAUCACCGAGGCCCAGCUCCUCGACGGCUACAAGCUCAACCUCACGACGGACGGGACAUGUACCACGACGGGCAUCGAGGCGUGCGGGAUCACCUCGAACAAAACCACGGGCGACAUCAUUAACCCCAUUCGCAGUGCGAGGUUGAACACCAAGGGCAAGCGCACGAUAACGUAUGGCAAGGUAGAGAUUGUUGCCAAGCUGCCAAAGGGUGAUUGGCUUUGGCCGGCGUUAUGGAUGAUGCCUGAAGAGGAAUACUAUGGCGGGUGGCCUGCCUCAGGCGAAAUUGACAUUAUGGAAUCCCGUGGAAACGAAGGAACGAGCUACAAGGGUGGGCGUAACGAGGUUGGCGGUACCUUGCACUGGGGACCCGUCUGGGAGUUGGACAUGUUUAAGCAAACGUCCGGCAAGCGAGAUCUGCGCCGCACAGACUAUUCUGAAGACUUUCACAUCUUUGGUGUCGAGUGGACUGAAAAAUAUAUCUUCAUCUACGUCGACUCCGUUCUAGCCCAAACCAUCUAUACCCCCUUCCGCAAGCGAGGCGAUAGCUUGUACCAGCGGGGCGGUUUUGGUAACAUGGAAAUUAAUGAGACGGUCCCGGAAAAUCCAUGGGCGAAAUCUCCCAAUAUCAACGCCCCAUUCGACCGCCCAUUUUAUCUUAUUGUUAACGUAGCUGUCGGAACCACCAAUGGUUAUUUCCCGUAUGUCUUCCUUCCUACUAUACAAGGCCUCUAUGCACUACUAGUAGCCCCCUGGCGUGAUGGUGCGGAAGACGCGCAACGCCAGUUCUGGGCUGCUCGGCCGGUGUGGGAGCCCAGCUGGGGCGCCGGCGACAGUCGCGGCAUGACGGUCAAAAACGUGAGGAUGUGGAAUCCCGGGAACUCAGCAGCGCAUCGUCCUCUCCACGCGGACCUCUGGGAAGACGAAGAUUAUGGCGAGCAACGCGAGACUGGAAGAGGCCUUCCUCUCCGCACGCGAGAAAUUCCUUCGCAGUAUCAAGGACCCUGCCGUAAAAGCGAAAUUUCGGCCGUGAUGACCAUCGACGACUUCAACAGGGAGAUGAGGACGCUUGAGGCUACGCAGGAGAAGAGCAAGACGCUUCGCGGCUUAAAACGAAUUGAACCCUUCGUAAAGGGCCUUGAAGGGUACGCUGGUGUUAUUGAGGUCUUCCUCCAGGUCAAGCCCGAGAUCAUCAGUCUAAUAUGGGCCGUUUGGCCGAGAGUCACGCUCGAGCUCGAUGCCGUUACGCGGAAUAUUGCCGGUCACGAAAAUGUCAUGCAAAGCCACGUGACUCUUGAAGACGUUAUCAGGUCCCAGGAGGAACGAAAAAGGGCGCUUGAAGAGGAUAAAAGAGCCGAAGAAGCCCGGAAUAGACAAUACUGGAAAGAAUUGCGUGACGAGGUUGCUCCUCGGCUUUAUGAUUCACGGCUCGAGAGCAUUCUGGCCUACCAGAUUUUCGAAGAUGACGAGCGAAAAUUUAAGUUCAACGCCGACUCGAUCCGCAACCUACUCUCGAAUAUUUUUAAAGGCAGGGACGUCUUAUUGGUAGUUGACGGGAUCGACGAAGUGCCCGAAGCCUCAAGGGCCACUUUGCUCAAGGACCUGUUAUGGAUUGUGGAGUCAUGCCCUUCCCACCUCGCCAAAGCCACCCAGCUCCGAAUCGGAAACCAGAACUCAGCAGACAUCAAGGCCCUUGUCGACUCCCAGAGCUCAAAGUUGGCUGAGAAGUUGGUCGACUCUAGGGCCGCACCGACAGUAAAGGCCCAGAUCAACAAGUCAGCUCAGCAGAUUGUUGACAAGGCCGACGGUCAGCGCACCCCGCAUGAUAUUGCCGAGUUUGGUGAUGUCCCCCGAGGCCUCACACGGGCAUACGGCCGCAUAUUAGACCGUAUUGCGGAGAAGGGGCCAGUCCUCAGUCAGGUUGCGAAUAGGAUCCUCAUGUGGCUUGCCGGGGCAAGGCGAAUUCUUCGCGAAGAGGAGCUUCUGCAAGCUCUGGCCGUGGAACAGACAUUGGAUGACUUUGCUGAUGAUAGGAGAGAUCACCGAAGCCUUUUGGAAGCUUGCGGCCACAUGAUUGAAGUCGAAAAUGGGUUUGUGAGAUUCGUCCACUUCACAGCCCGCGAAUUUCUUCUAAGCCAGGAGAGUAGCCGCUACCUCAAUCUUUCCAACGCUAAUGCCGAAAUUGCGGCCACGUGCACCCGCUACCUCGCGUAUCAGUCACUCAAUCCUGCGUUCUCCCUUAGCGGCAGCCUGGCGGAGGAUGCUAUUCGGCGAGGCGAUUUUGUUCUACUAGAGUACUCAGCUCUGCAAAUAAUUGAGCAUAUCAAGGCGUGUGGCUCCUUAGCGUCACUCGAGUCUACUAUCUUGGACAGGCCGCUGCUGGAUAAUCUGCUUGCGGCAGUUGGCCGAUACAUUGAGGCACGUGAAAUGCCGGUGGAUGAAAAUCGGCUAGAACCGUCCUCUACGCCAUUUUUGCGUCGCUUCCUCUUAUUCGAGGGCCAGCCCACGGUGCAAGCUACGUUAGCAAGGGCAGAGCAUCGCAUUGGAAGUCUCAAGUACGGUGAAGGAGAUUGGGAAGAAACCGGCGAUCCCCUGGAGACAUUUCCCACCACUACCUUGUGGGCCCUGGCCCGAUUCCGGCAGCACCUCGAGGACAUCCUAUGCUCUGGCUCGGUACAUAUACCUGGAUGCAAAUGCGACCAGCUUCGGAGCCUGUAUGGGCCGACUCCGUUCUACUGCAACAGGCCUUUCUGCAAAAGGUUUGAGCGCGGGUUCGACACGAUGGACUCCAGAGAUGUGCACCUCGCCCACCACCGGCGGGAUUUUACCUGUUCGGUAGAGGGUUGCCUACGAGGACUUCGCGGGUUCCGGUCAGAGAAGCAACUCGAACGCCAUGCCUCUGAACAUGCGUUACACGACGAGUCCCGUGGCUCCCCUCAUACCAGCUCUAAGCAAACAGUUUACUCCUUUGAGGGGGUCGAGCCAGGAAGCAUCCUAGAUAUGGACGUUCUAUGCGAUGCGCUGGAGGAGGAGCAGAGCUCCUUUGUUCUGCAGCUCCUGCAAACGUACCAGUUCACCGAAGGCUGUUCCCGGUGGAUUUUGCCAUUGGCAGCCUGGAUGUGGAUUUGGACCAAAUGCUCGCCUGGGCCAUAG